CCCCUGUCGAGAGGUUAAUUGACUGACUAAAAACAGUAUACAAUGGAUUUGAAAUCGUUAAAUAGAUUUUCUAAGAUCAUUGUUUUGCAUUCUAUAUCAAUUCUUGUUUUAGCUCAACAAGUAAUAAAGAGAAAUCUACUUGUCAUAUAGUUAUGGACAGAAGUUGCAAUCUUCUCUUUGGUCUAGCAGUUUUCAUUCUGCUUCAUCACAAUACUUCACUUGCUAGUGUUCCUAAUAUUAGCACUGAUGAAGUUGCUCUUCUUGCACUGAAAUCACACAUUUCUUCUCCUCAUAACAUCUUACAAAGCAACUGGUCCUCUUCCAGCCCAAUAUGCAGCUGGAUCGGAAUCACUUGCGGCUCCCGCCACAAUCGAGUCACUGCUUUAAACAUUUCUAGCAUGCAACUUCAUGGUACCAUUCCUCCACACCUUGGAAACCUCUCAUUUCUCAUCUCCCUCGACAUCAGUAACAACACUUUCCAUGGAGAUUUCCCAGAAGAGUUGGCUCAUUUGCAGAGGUUGAAAUUGAUUAAUGUCACAAGCAAUAACUUCACUGGUUCCAUUCCAUCAUUUUUAAGUUUCUUACCUAACCUUCAAUACAUGUACCUUUCGAUGAAUCAAUUUUGGGGGGAAAUUCCAUCUUCCCUUUCCAAUCUAACAAAGCUAGAAGUGUUGAGAAUGAAUAGAAAUUUUCUCAAAAGAGAGAUCCAUCGGGAAAUCGGUUAUCUUCGUUACUUGACUAUCCUAGACUUGCAAUGUAAUCAGCUUACUGGCUCUAUACCAACAUCAAUCUUCAACAUUACAACGAUGCGAAUCAUUGCUCUUUCCCAUAACAAUCUUACUGGUAAGCUUCCCACAUCUAUAUGUGACCAUCUUCCAAACUUGGAAGGGCUUUACCUCGGAGGCAACUCCCUAGAUGGAGUGAUUCCACCAAACCUGGAGAAAUGCAAAAAGCUUCAAGUUUUGGCAUUGUGUAAAAAUGAGUUUAUUGGAACUGUACCAAGAGAGCUAGCCAACUUAACAGCUCUUACACUAUUAAAUUUUGCAGCUCUGCAUUUGGAAGGAGAGAUACCAGUGGAGCUAGGUAAUCUAAAGAAACUACAAGUGCUGUCUUUAGCCGAGAAUGAGUUUACUGGUUCUGUCCCUGCAAGCAUUUUCAACAUGUCAACACUGAAGAUCCUAGAUCUUGGGACAAACAAGCUUUCAGGUACUCCUCUUUUAGAUUUAGGCCGUGGAAUGCCCGUCCUAGAAGAACUUUCUUGUGGGGGAAACCACCUGAGUGGUUUUAUCUCUACUUCAAUCUCAAAUUCUUCAAGACUCAGAAUGCUUGAUCUCUCAUCCAACAGUUUCACAGGUCCAAUUCCUGAAUCACUUGGUAAUUUAGAAUACCUCGAGAUUCUAAACUUGGAGGGGAAUAAUCUUUUCAGUGAUUCAACAUUGAGCUUCCUUACAUCAUUAACAAAUUGUAGGAAACUAAGAGUACUCUUGGUUGUUGAUAAUCCGUUGGAUGGUGUUUUGUCCGCAUCUAUAGGGAAUUUCUCCAACUCUCUAAAUUUGUUUAAAGGAGGUGGUUGUAAACUUAAGGGUGUCAUUCCUCGAGAAAUUGGUAAUCUUACUGGAGUGAUACAUAUGAGUUUGUUUAACAAUGAGUUUACUGGUCAUAUUCCAAAUACUCUCCAAGGCAUGUUGAACCUUCAGGAAUUUUACCUACAAAGAAACAAGAUAGAAGGAACCAUACCAGAUGUUAUAUGCAGUUUAAAGAAUCUCGGUGCAAUAGACUUGUCAGGAAAUCAGUUUUCAGGUUCCGUGCCACCAUGCUUAGGAGAAGUUACUAGUUUGAGGUAUCUUAAUCUAGAUAACAACAUGCUGAAUUCAAGCUUACCUGCAAGCUUGGGGAGCCUUCAAGAUCUCCUAGUAUUCAACGUUUCAUCCAAUUUAUUAAGUGGGAAAAUUCCACUUGAAAUUGGAAAUUUAAAGGCUGCAGCAGUGAUUGAUUUGUCAAAAAAUGAAUUUUCUGGUAAGAUUCCUACCACUCUAGGGGGUCUAGACAAAUUGAUUAAUCUUUCUCUGGCACAUAAUAGAUUAGACGGGCCUAUUCCAAAUUCGUUUGGCAAAAUGUUGGCAUUGGAAUUCUUGGAUCUUUGCUAUAACAAUCUUAGUGGUGAAAUUCCAAAAUCUUUAGAAGCUCUUGUGUAUCUCAAAUACCUAAACUUCUCAUUCAAUAAACUUAGUGGAGAGAUUCCCACCGGUGGUUAUUUUGCAAAUACUACAGGUCAAUCUUUCUUGUCCAAUGAUGCACUUUGUGGUGACUCCCGGUUUAACGUGAAACCAUGUGCCAUCCAAUCUUCCAAGAGGAAAAAGACAUUCUUUUUUUUGUACAUCAUUUUGAUAGUGGGUCUGCCAUUUCUCGUAUUAGCCCUCGCGUAUGUAUUUUUACGUUUGCUAAGGACAAAGAAGAAUAUAGGUCAAGCAGAUGUGUCUUUGGUAAAAGGACAUGAAAGAGUUUCCUAUUAUGAACUUGAACAUGCAACAGAAGGAUUCAACGAAAGCAACUUGCUUGGUAAUGGGAGUUUCAGCAUGGUCUACAAGGGGAUAUUUAAAGAUGGUACCCUUUUCGCAGCAAAGGUCUUCAAUAUCCAAUGGGAGGGUGCAUUCAAAAGUUUUGACACAGAAUGUGAGAUACUACGGAGCCUUCGCCACAGAAAUCUGAUCAAAGUCAUAACGAGUUGUUCCAACCUUGAUUUCAAAGCCCUGGUGUUGGAAUACAUGCCCAAUGGGACACUUGAUAACUGGUUAUACUCUCACAACUUGUUCUUGGACUUAUUGCAGAGAUUAGAUAUAAUGAUAGAUGUUGCAUCUGCAAUGGACUAUCUCCACAAUGGCUAUUCAGCACCUGUUGUGCAUUGUGACUUGAAGCCAACCAAUGUCUUGCUAGAUCAAGAAAUGGUUGGUCAUGUUAGUGAUUUUGGCAUUGCAAAAUUGUUAGGUGCAGGGGAGGCUUUUGUUCAAACAAGGACAGUUGCAACCAUUGGAUAUAUUGCUCCAGAGUAUGGUCAAGAUGGAAUAGUAUCCACAAGCAGUGAUGUUUACAGUUUUGGCAUCUUGAUAAUGGAGACGUUUACAAGGAUGAGACCAAGUGAUGAGAUAUUUACUGGAGAAUUGAGCAUACAACGUUGGGUUAGUGAUUCCUUCCCAAGUGGAAUUCAUAAGGUGUUGGAUUCUAUUUUGGUAUCGCCAAGGGAUGAUCAAAUCGAAGUAAAGAUGCAAUGUAUGUUAUCUAUCAUGGAAUUAGCUUUGAGCUGCACUUUAGUGAGACCUGAUGCAAGAAUUAGCAUGGAAGAUGCUCUUUCAAAACUUAAAAAGAUUAGGCUCCAUAUUGUCAGUAGUCGCUACUAGGUGGAACAUAAUCGAACCAUCAUCUCUUCACUCUUGUAUGUUGCUUGUUUACCUAUGCUGACUGUGUUAAGGUUUCAGCUUACCACACGUACUUAUGUUUUUUCUAUCCAACAUCCCUUUAGAACAUAGCAUCAUCUCUUGUAUGCUGCUUGUAUUUAUAUCCAACGUCCCUUUAGAACAUAAGGCAG